UCCCUUUUCAAGCCUCCUUGUGUUCCUCUUUCCGUCCCCGGCUGGGAAAGAACCUCUCGUUGGAAGUGCUACCAGCGGACAUGCUAGCUUCUUUAGCCGGUGGUGAUGCUUCCUUUUCAGUCAGGAGCUUUGCCGCCAGGAGGAUGUUGAAGCUUUAUUGUUGCCCUUUUGAGUUCGGCGGUACUCGCUUUUGUGGAGGAUCUCGACGACACAUUUAAAGAGACUAGAGUGAAUGACAUCUGGCUGGUUGACUUCUAUGCGCCGUGGUGCGGCUACUGUAAGAAACUGGAGCCCGUGUGGCACGACGUGGGCGCCGAGCUGAAGCUCUCCGGGUCGCCGGUCCGCGUCGGCAAGAUGGACGCCACCGCAUACUCGGGAAUGGCGUCAGAGUUCGGGGUGCGCGGUUACCCCACGAUAAAACUGUUGAAGGGUGACCUGGCGUAUAAUUACAAGGGUCCAAGGACAAAAGACGACAUCGUGGAAUUUGCCAACAGGGUGUCGGGGCCGGCGGUUCGAGCCCUCCCCAGCAAACAAAUGUUUGAGCACAUGAUGAAGCGACACGACGUCCUGUUUGUGUAUGUCGGCGGCGAGUCGCCCCUGAAGGAGAAAUACAACGACGUCGCCACGGAGCUCAUCGUCUUCACGUAUUUCUUCUCGGCCUCGGAGGACGUCCUGCCAGAGUCUGUAACCUUGCCGGAGCUGCCUGCGGUGAUCGUGUUCAAGGAUGGCGCCUAUUUCACCUACGACGAGUACGUGGACGGCAGCCUGACCACUUGGGUGAACAGGGAGCGUUUUCAAGGGUACCUGCAGAUCGAUGGCUUCACGCUGUACGAGCUCGGAGAAACAGGCAAACUGGUGGCGAUUGCAGUCAUCGACGAGAAGGACCCUACAGAGGAGAGCGGCAGAUUAAAAGCCUUGAUUCAGACGGUUGCCAAGGAUUACAGAGAGCACUUUAACAGAGACUUCCAGUUUGGCCACAUGGACGGGAACGACUACAUCAACAGCCUCAUCAUGGGCGAGGUGACGGUGCCCUCCAUUAUCAUCCUCAACACGGCCAAUGAGCAAUACUUCCUGCCGAGCCAGCCGACCGAGUCCGUGGAGCAGCUGGUCCAGUUCAUCAGCGGCGUUCUGAACGGUUCUGUGCCGGCACACGGAGGUGACGGCUUCAUCCAGAGGAUCAAGCGGGUGGUGUUUGACGCUAGAUCCACCGUUAUGUCGGUGUUCCGCAGCUCGCCCGUCUUGGGCUGCUUCCUGUUCGGCCUGCCGCUGGGCGUAAUCAGCCUCAUGUGUUACGGCAUCUGCACGGCCGAGGCGGAUGACGGCUCGGACGACUUCGACCCGGUCAAGCGGGACGGCCUGGCUGACGACGAGGAGGAGGAUGAUGAUGAAGAGGAUGAAGAAGAGGAAGAAGAGAGAGAGGAGGAGGAGGAUCGACGGUUGGAGGGCCCUGAGGACGAUUUAGGGGAAGAGAAGGAUCCGGAAGGGAAGAAAAUGGAUUAACGCAGGGCUGUAUGAUGGGUUGGGUGGAUGGAUGGAUGUGACAUGGAACUCAGACGCAUCAAUGACGCACCUGGUUUUGCUGAUCUUUGCUUUUCCAUCUCACUCGUCCACUUGGAAGCCCGUCUUACCACAGACUCUCCGACCACAUUUCGGUGUCUUUAUUUAAGAUGUCCCCCCCCACCGCCGGAGCGUGAAAACGGGACCCCAGACGUAGGCGUGACGUGCGACCCCCGUUAACUAGUUUUUAUUCAAUGCUCGAACAAUCCGACCCCCCCCCCCCCCCACCCUACUCCCGCUUAGCUUCCAGUAGAACACAAGCCAGGGUGAACUUUGCCUUCAUGGAAAAAAUGUUCACCGCCCAUCCGAAUCCUUGAACAGAAGUGCCCAAGACGGAAACGCUGCCAUGAGUUGCUAAAUUUACAGAUUUCAGUUUUGUUUUGUCAUUCUUGCUCAGAGAGUUUUUAGUUACGGAGCGCGACAUGUGUAUAAUGCGUACUCGCACCAUGAACAAAAACAUUGGGACAAGCGCCAGUUGGCAGAUAUAGACGUGCAUCCCAUGUAGAUGUCGUUGUUGCGAACUUUGGCUCGUCCAAUCAGAAAGUGACUCAAAUCAACACACGCUGGGCAAAUGUCUACGGAAACACUUUUCCCCCCAGACUUGUCCGCAUCCGCAUGCGGUGUGCACGACGAAAUUACUCAGGACAAAAGUAUUCGGAUGACCUUCAAUCGACUGCCGUGGAAGGCUGUCACAAAAUGUAUCACAGCUCAAAUCAAAGGGAUGUGCGAAAGGGACAAAAAGUGACAUUUUUAUGUCCGUGCACUUGUACGCACGUCAUGUGUCCCAAAGACUUUUGUCCAGCGAGUGUGUUAGCGAAAAGCAUGGCCCGUCAAUUUUUUUUGUUUUUUCAAACUAUAAAUACAAAAAACAUGCGCAAGAUUAAGAGAUACGUGCUUUUUAUUAAACAUUUUGAAGCCUUUUGAAGAGACUAGCUGUUUUUUUUCUUCGGUGUCCCGUGAUUCUUUAAUACUUACUGAAAAAAUACUCUCGGCAUUCAGAGUUUACGUUUUUAAAAACUUCCUCUUCGUGUAAGAUGAGCACAACGAUCAGUUGGAAAAAGGUCUUUCCCCUACUGUGACCUUAUCAAAGUUCAUUUUGAAUGUUUUUGCGGCGUAAAGGUGAGAUGGGGUGGUUUGGGGGGGGAUAAAUCUGUGCCCUUGCUUUGCCUUCUGUUUUUUGUAGUUAACUUCAUAUUGGACUGAAAUAAAGAAUUCCUCUUUUUCU